AGGUGCGGGGAAUGGGCGACCCUGAAGCGACUGGUAGCGCACGGGACGGGACGAGGGUUCCGGCGCCCCCGAACGCUAGGAACGUACUGUGAGGGAGGGUCCCAGCUGCUGGGCCCUCUGGGGCCGGGCUCUGACAUCUGGACGAGUGGGAAAGCAGCAGCCUGCCCUUGGGGAGCCGGGAGGAGCCCAGUCCCAUCCAGCUGUGCAAACAGGAGGAGGAGGAGGUCCCAAGCCUACCCUUGGGAAAGGGGCGAGAGGGGUGGUCAGGCCGCCGCCGCGCCGGCCCCCGCGGUGCGGGUUGCGCCAGCCUCCUCGGAGCCCGACGCAGAAACUUGUUGCAACAAACAGGCGACCGCGGGUGCCCCUAGCAGCCAGCGGCGGAGUGGGUGGGCGGUCGAGAGGGAGGGGAAGGCUGGCGGACGCCGCAGCGAACUGGUGGGCAGACCCGGAGUCGCCGCGUAAGCGGGGCCGGCUCAGUGCGGUGCAGCAGGCGCGGCUGUGCGGCAGCGGAAGUCCUUUGUUGCAGCGCAGUCCCUGGCAGAGCCAGAGCCUCUCCGCGCAGCCCAGCCCGAGCGCUGCGCGCCGCCGCCACUGCAGCUCUCGGCUCCUUCGCCUCCGCCCGCCUUUCCCGCUGCCGAUUUGCCUUAAACUCCCUAAAAUCUCCGCAGCCCCGGUUCCUGCUGCGGCCGGUCUCUCUGAAUCCUGUAGAACAGUGGUGUCCCCAAUCUUUUUGGCACCAGGGACCGGUUUCGUGGAAGGUCUCUACUAGAAGAUGGCAAAGCCCAGCCACAGCAGCUACGUCCUUCAGCAGCUAAACAACCAAAGGGAAUGGGGUUUUCUCUGUGACUGUUGUAUUGCAAUUGAUGACAUUUACUUUCAAGCACACAAAGCAGUUCUAGCUGCUUGUAGCUCCUAUUUUAGAAUGUUUUUCAUGAACCAUCAACAUAGUACUGCACAACUGAAUCUCAGCAACAUGAAAAUUAGUGCUGAGUGUUUUGAUCUCAUUUUGCAGUUCAUGUAUUUAGGAAAAAUUAUGACAGCUCCUUCCAGUUUUGAACAGUUUAAAGUGGCAAUGAACUACCUACAGCUGUACAAUGUUCCUGACUGCUUAGAAGACAUACAGGAUGCAGACUGUUCUAGUUCAAAAUGUUCAUCUUCUGCUUCUAGCAAACAGAACAGCAAAAUGAUAUUUGGGGUGAGAAUGUAUGAAGACACUGUGGCUAGAAAUGGCAGUGAAGCUAAUAGGUGGUGUGCAGAGCCAAGUUCGACAGUGAAUACACCACAUAAUAGAGAGCCUGAUGAAGAGUCGUUGCAAUUAGGUAAUUUUCCUGAGCCAUUAUUUGAUGUAUGUAAAAAGAGUUCUGUGUCCAAAUUAUCUACUCCAAAAGAACGUGUAUCACGACGCUUUGGACGGAGUUUUACCUGUGAUAGUUGUGGAUUUGGCUUUAGCUGUGAAAAAUUAUUAGAUGAGCAUGUACUAACCUGUACUAACAGACAUUCAUACCAAAACACAAGAUCCUAUCAUAGAUUAGUGGAUAUUAGAGAUGGAAAAGACAGUAAUAUCAAAGCUGAAUUUAGUGAAAAGGAUUCUUCUAAAACCUUUUCUGCACAGACAGACAAAUACAGAGGAGACACAAGCCAGGCUGCUGAUGAUUCAGCUUCAACCACUGGAAGCAGAAAAAGUAGCACAGUGGAGUCUGAACUAGCCAGUGAAGAAAAGAGCAGAGCCGCUGAGAGGAAAAGAAUCAUCAUUAAGAUGGAACCAGAGGAUAUUCCUACAGAUGAACUGAAAGACUUUAACAUUAUUAAAGUUACUGAUAAAGACUGUAAUGAGUCCACUGACAAUGAUGAGUUAGAAGAUGAAGCUGAAGAGCCAUUUUAUAGAUACUACGUUGAAGAAGAUGUCAGUAUUAAAAAAAGUGGGAGGAAAACUCUAAAACCUCGGAUGUCAAUAAAUGCUGAUGAAAGAGGUGGUUUAGAAAACAUGAGGCCACCGAACAACAGUCCUGUACAAGAAGACACUGAAAAUGCUUCUUGUGAGCUGUGUGGGCUCACAAUAACUGAGGAGGACCUGUCAUCUCAUUACUUAGCCAAACACAUCGAAAAUAUCUGCGCAUGUGGCAAAUGUGGACAAAUACUUGUGAAGGGUAGACAGCUUCAGGAGCAUGCCCAGAGAUGUGGAGAGCCCCAAGAUCUGACCAUGAAUGGGUUAGGAAAUGCCGAGGAGAAGAUGGACAUGGAAGAGAAUCCUGAUGAACAGUCAGAAAUAAGGGAUAUGUUUGUUGAAAUGUUGGAUGACUUUAGAGACAAUCAUUUCCAGAUAAAUAGUAUCCAAAAAAAGCAGUUAUUUAAACAUUCUGCCUGUCCUUUUCGAUGUCCUAAUUGUGGCCAGCGAUUUGAAACUGAAAAUCUAGUGGUUGAACAUAUGUCUAGCUGCCUAGACCAAGAAAUGUUUAAGAGUGCCAUCAUGGAAGAGAAUGAAAGAGAUCACAGACGAAAGCAUUUUUGUAACCUGUGUGGGAAAGGAUUUUAUCAGCGGUGUCACUUAAGAGAACACUAUACUGUUCAUACCAAGGAAAAACAGUUUGUCUGUCAGACAUGUGGGAAGCAAUUUUUAAGAGAACGUCAGUUGCGUCUGCACAAUGACAUGCACAAAGGCAUGGCCAGGUAUGUCUGUUCCAUUUGUGAUCAAGGCAACUUCAGAAAACAUGACCAUGUACGGCAUAUGAUUUCUCAUUUAUCUGCUGGUGAGACUAUAUGCCAGGUCUGCUUUCAGAUAUUUCCAAAUAAUGAACAGUUGGAACAGCACAUGGAUAUUCAUCUGUAUACAUGUGGAAUAUGUGGAGCAAAAUUUAACUUGAGGAAAGAUAUGAGAUCACAUUAUAAUGCCAAGCAUUUGAAAAGAACAUAAGGAUUUUCUACUGUAUAAUGUUUAGCUGAUAGGAGACAAAACACCAAAGCAAAGGAUAUGACCUAUUUAGAAAAUGAUUUUAUAAGAUGACUUGCUGAAAAAAAUUUUCAAGGCCCUUUUACCUUUAAUAUUUUUGUUUAGGAUCUUAAGUAUCUACAUUUUAGGUGUUAUUAAAUGUUUAUCAUUUUUGUUAUUUCUUAAUAGAAUUCUUUGUUUUUAGUUUGUUUUAGCUAUGAUUAAAAUUACUUUUAAAUGUAGAUUACAAGUGGUUGUUACCCCUUCAGUGACUAUUGAAGCUUCGGUUGUUUUUUUUUUAAUCAAUAAUGUGAUGAUGUCACAAUUUUUAUUUUUUAUUUUGUAUUUUAAGGCUACCUUGUGAAAUUUUAAACCCAAUAUCAUUGGCCAUUCCUGUUUAAAUUAAAAAAAAAAUUUUUUAAGUAGUUAUUUAAAACUAUCCCAUUUACUUUAGCUUUUUUUUUUUGUAAGUUGAACAAUGAUUUAGCCACUGUUUAUUUCCCUGUCUUACCAGUGAAAUUCAUAUUCUUAAAUUGAAAACUUAAUAGGCAGGUUAGGUGCGCUGAAUCUAACCUUGAAGGUUGACAUGGGCUCAAACUUGGCCUAAAAAGAUUGAUGGACCUAAGGAAAUUCCUAUAAAUGAAUAUUUCCUAUAAUUGAUAAAAUAUUAUCAUUUAAUAAUCACAUUUAAAACUUAUAUUAAGUGUAAAAACCCAAUGACUUUACUCCACUUGACAAAUUAGUGGGGACAAGUCAUUUUGUUUUGUGAUAUUAAAUUUAACUAUGAUAGUUAAUUAAAAAAGCAUAUCUUGUAUUCAUUUAAAAUAAUUUAAAAUAUUUUGAUUUCUAAAGUGUGUUAGUUUAUCAAUUAUUUUUGUUUAUAAAUAGACUUUAAUAGCUUUCUAGGAAGAUGACAUCUAAAGGAAAAUGACUUUUCACCUUUAAAAUGACAUACUUUUGGAACUUACUUUGAGAUUUGAGAAAGCUGCCAUGUAUAUUGAUAAAUCUAAUAAAAUAAAGAAAUCAAUCACAAAUCUGGUUGUUCUAUAAAAGUA